AUCUUAAUAUUUCAGCCUUCCUUGGGUGCGGUUUUGUAGAUUUGAAGUUACAGUGCAUAACCAAGUACACAAUCAAUAUGAGGAUGGUGAGGCAGUGGAACAGGUUGAUGCAGUUGAUGCCCCAUUCAAGGUGUAACAGCAUUUGUUAUAUGUGGAAAUGCAGAGAUUUCUUCACAUGCACAUUUCAGUACAACGUUACUGGAGAGAAAACAUGGUUAAUGGAAUGUUGAAAGAAGUUCUGAGUCACAAGCCAGAUGGCACAAGCUAUUGGGAAGAACAAAGGAAUUGCAGAGCCAGCAACACAUUACCUUGUACUAUUAGCACGCAGUUUGAUGCAACUGCACUUCAGAAUCAGCUGAAGCUGGUCCUUUGGAUCACAGAAUUGCAGGGAUUGGAGUGGACCUCUGGAAAUCAUUUAGUUCAAGCCUCCUGCUAAAGUAGGAUCCCAACAAGAGAAGCCUCAUCCUACCUCCACUGUCAUGACCGCCCUACUAAGAAGUGAAGGCCAUUGUAAGAGCUGCUGUUUUUUGACCUGCCUGUGCAGUAUGUGCAAACAGAGAGAUUCAUCAAGAGAAAUCAGAAGUCUGUAGUUACAAGGACAAAACUGGAAUUUUAAAAGCAACACAGUGCUGAAGGAUGUGUUUAAAACGUGAUCCCAGGAUCUUCUUGCACAAGAGCCUAGAAGUAUUUAAAGCUUACAGAAUGAAAAGAUGGCACAGGCAAUGCUGGUACCACCAGGAUCUGACUGCUUCUUCUAUUUCACCAGAGAGUCUCUUGCAGCUAUUGAAAAACGUAUUGCUGAUGAAAAGUCUAACCGUGAUAAAGAUGAACAUAAAGAUGACGGUGGUCAUGAAGAAGUUCAGCCGACGCCAAAUAAUGACUUGGAGGCAGGAAAGACACUGCCAUUUAUUUAUGGUGAUAUUCCUCCAGAAAUGGUAUCUGAGCCCCUGGAGGAUUUGGAUCCGUAUUAUAUCAAUAAAAAAACGUUUAUAGUAUUGAAUAAAGGGAAGACAAUCUUCAGGUUCAGUGCGACAUCUGCCUUGUACCUUUUAUCUCCUUUCAAUGUUAUUAGAAGAGUAGCUAUUAAGAUUUUAGUUCAUUCGUUGUUCAGUAUGCUCAUUAUGCUCACCAUUUUGACAAACUGUGUAUUCAUGACAUGGAGUAAACUUCCAGAAUGGACAAAGAAUGUAGAGUACACUUUCACUGGAAUUUAUACUUUUGAAUUUCUGGUAAAAAUCCUUGCAAGAGGUUUCUGUAUAGAUGAUUUUACUUGCCUUCGUGACCCUUGGAACUGGCUUGAUUUUGUUGUCAUUUCCUUUGCGUAUAUAACAGAAUUUGUAAACCUAGGCAAUGUUUCAGCUCUUCGAACUUUCAGAGUAUUGAGAGCUUUGAAAACUAUUUCUGUAAUCCCAGGCUUGAAGACUAUUGUGGGAGCCUUAAUUCAGUCUGUGAAGAAACUCUCAGAUGUAAUGAUUUUGACUGUUUUUUGUCUGAGUGUGUUUGCACUGAUUGGACUGCAGCUGUUCAUGGGCAACUUGAAGAAUAAAUGCUUGUUAUGGCCAUCAAGAAAUUCAACCUCUUUUGAAAAGUACUUAGCUCCAUACUUUAAUGAUACAGUGUUUGACUGGGCAGCGUACAUUGAGAAUGAAAGUCAUUUUUAUCGUCUAGAAGGACAAAAGGAUUAUCUGCUUUGUGGCAAUAGCUCAGAUGCAGGUAAAUGUCCAGAAGAGUUUAUCUGUGUGAAAGCAGGUAGAAACCCCAACUAUGGAUAUACUAGCUUCGACACAUUCAGUUGGGCUUUCUUGUCCCUGUUUCGACUUAUGACACAGGACUACUGGGAAAAUCUUUAUCAGCUGACAUUACGAGCUGUUGGCAAAACAUACAUGAUAUUUUUUGUUCUGGUCAUUUUUCUGGGUUCCUUCUAUUUGAUUAAUUUGAUUUUGGCUGUGGUUGCCAUGGCCUAUGAAGAACAAAAUCAAGCAACUAUGGUUGAAGCAGAACAGAGGGAAGCGGACUUGCAGCAGAUGCUUGAACAGCUGAAGAAGCAGCAAGAAGAAGCUCAGGCAAUAGCAGCAGCUGCAGUGGAGAUGACAGAGUUUGGUGGUGAAAGUGGACCUUCAGACAGUUCUUCUGAAGCAUCCAAGUUUAGCUCAAAAAGCGCCAAAGAAAGGAGAAAUAGAAGGAAGAAAAGAAGGCAGAGGGAGCAUUCUGGGGAAGAGGAUAACAUGAAAGAUACAAAGCUUUCAAAAUCUGAAUCAGAUGGCAGUAUCAGAAGGAAAGGUUUCAGAUUUUCUUUCGAUGGCAACAAACUUGCUUAUGGGACCCGGCUCACAUCACCCCACCAGUCUUUACUAAGCAUUCGUGGCUCCCUGUUUUCUCCCAGACGUAGUAGCAGAACAAGUCUUUUCAGUUUUAGAGAUCAUGGAAAAGAGAUAGGAUCUGAAAAUGACUUUGCUGAUGAUGAACACAGCACAUUUGAUGAUAAUGGAAGCAGAAGAGGUUCUCUUUUUGUACCACUGCGACACAGUGAACGGCGUGGUAGUAACAUUAGUCAGGCUAGCAGACCGUCAAGAAGGCUGACACUGUUUCCAGUGAAUGGGAAGAUGCAUAGCACUGUGGAUUGCAAUGGAGUGGUUUCUUUAGUGGAUAGACCUCCAUGUCUCUUGUCACCUACAGGGCAGCUGCUGCCAGAGUUGAUAAUAGACAAACCAACAACUGAUGAUAAUAGUACUACUACAGAAAUGGAAAUAAAAAAGAGACGUUCAAGCUCAUAUCAAAUACCAAUGGAUUUGCUGGAGGAUCCCAAUCUAAGACAGAGAGCCAUGAGUAUAGCUGGCAUUAUCACAAAUACAAUGGAAGAACUUGAAGAAUCCAGACAGAAAUGUCCACCCUGCUGGUACAAGUUUGCCCACACAUACUUAAUUUGGAAUUGUUGUGAGGUCUGGUUAAAAGUGAAGAGUGUAGUUUCAUUUAUUGUAAUGGACCCACUUGUUGAUCUGGCUAUCACUAUUUGCAUAAUUUUAAACACACUGUUUAUGGCCAUGGAGCAUUAUCCAAUGACGGAGACUUUUAACAAUACACUUAAAGUAGGAAAUCAGGUUUUUACUGGAAUUUUUGCAGCAGAAAUGGUUCUCAAGAUAAUUGCCAUGGAUCCUUUUUAUUAUUUCCAAGUUGGUUGGAAUAUUUUUGAUAGUUUUAUAGUUACCCUUAGUUUGGUGGAACUUUUUCUGGCAAAUGUGGAUGGAUUGUCUGUUCUACGAUCAUUCAGAUUGCUUCGAGUUUUCAAGUUGGCAAAAUCUUGGCCAACUCUAAAUAUGCUGAUUAAGAUUAUUGGCAACUCAGUGGGGGCUUUGGGCAAUUUGACCCUGGUGCUGGCCAUCAUUGUGUUCAUUUUUGCUGUUGUUGGGAUGCAGCUGUUUGGGAAAUACUACAAGGAAUGUGUCUGCAAGAUCUCCAGCGACUGUGAACUUCCACGCUGGCACAUGCAUGAUUUUUUCCACUCUUUCUUGAUUGUAUUCCGAGUGCUGUGUGGAGAAUGGAUAGAAACGAUGUGGGACUGCAUGGAGGUGGCAGGCCAGCCUAUGUGCCUUACUGUCUUCAUGAUGGUCAUGGUGAUUGGAAACCUAGUGGUAUUGAACCUUUUUCUGGCCUUGCUGCUGAGUUCAUUUAGUUCAGACAGCCUUUCUCCUACUGAGGAUGAUAAUGAAAUGAAUAAUUUACAGAUAGCUGUUGCAAGAAUUCAGAAGGGAAUAGAUUACGUGAAGGAAAAAGUAGGUGAAUAUAUCCAAAAAUCUUGCUGGAGGAAACAAAUGGCUGCAAAUGAAAGAACAGCAACAGAUCAGUUGAAUGAUGAAAGACACCAUUGCAUUUCCAACUGUACCGUUGCUGAAAUAAAGGCAGACACAACUUACCACAAAAAUGAGAAUGGAACAGCCGGUGUUGUAGGAAGCAGUGACUAUCCACUGUUCAUAAACAACCCAAGCCUUACUGUUACGGUACCGAUAGCUGUUGGAGAAUCUGACUUUGAACAUCUAAAUACAGAAGAGUUUAGUAGUGACUCAGAUUUGGAGGAAAGCAAGGAGAAGAUAAAUCUUUCCAGCUCAUCUGAAGGAAGUACAGUUAAUUUGGCUCUCUUUGGAGAAGAAAAAGCUGAGACUGAGCCAGAAAAAGCAGCAGAGCUACAGACAUGUUUUACAGAAGGCUGUAUACAGAAGUUUAAAUGCUGUAGAUGCAGUAUAGAAAGCAGAAGAGGAAUAAUCUGGUGGAACCUUAGAAAAACUUGCUACAGGAUAGUAGAACACAACUGGUUUGAAACAUUCAUUGUCUUCAUGAUUCUUCUCAGCAGUGGUACUCUGGCUUUUGAAGAUAUAUAUAUUGAACAGCGCAAGACUAUCAAGGUCAUACUGGACUAUGCUGAUAAAAUCUUCACUUACAUCUUUAUUCUGGAAAUGGUGCUAAAAUGGGUGGCUUAUGGUUUUCAGACUUACUUUACUAAUGCCUGGUGCUGGCUGGACUUCCUGAUUGUUGAUGUCUCCUUAGUUAGCUUAGUAGCUACUGCUCUUGGUUUCUCAGAACUUGGUGCAAUUAAAUCUCUCCGAACAUUAAGGGCUUUGAGACCUCUAAGAGCUUUGUCACGCUUCGAAGGAAUGAGGGUGGUUGUGAAUGCUCUUACUGGAGCAAUCCCAUCCAUAAUGAAUGUGCUUCUGGUUUGUCUUACAUUCUGGCUAAUUUUCAGCAUCAUGGGAGUAAAUCUGUUCGCUGGCAAGUUCUUUUACUGUGUUAACACCACAACUGGAGUUCAAUUCAAACCAUAUGAAGUUGAUAACAAAAGUAUGUGUGAAAAUCUUGGGAACACUGCAUCAGAUGUUCGAUGGAAAAAUGUGAAAGUAAACUUCGAUAAUGUUGGAGCUGGUUAUCUUUCUCUGCUUCAAGUAGCAACAUUUAAAGGAUGGAUGGAAAUCAUGUAUGCUGCCGUUGACUCUAGGGAUGUAGGGAAGCAGCCCAUGUACGAAGAUAACUUAUACAUGUAUCUUUACUUUGUUGCCUUUAUCAUCUUUGGAUCCUUUUUCACCCUAAACUUGUUCAUUGGUGUCAUCAUAGAUAACUUCAACCAGCAAAAAAAGAAGCUUGGAGGACAGGACAUUUUUAUGACAGAAGAACAAAAGAAGUAUUACAAUGCAAUGAAGAAGUUAGGUUCCAAGAAACCACAAAAACCUAUACCUAGGCCAGCGAAUAAAUUGCAAGGUUUGGUGUUUGAUAUUGUAACAAAGCAAGCAUUUGACAUCGGCAUUAUGGUCCUCAUCUGUCUUAACAUGGUCACCAUGAUGAUAGAAACAGAUGACCAGAGUGAACUUAUGCAAAAUAUUUUAUACUGGAUUAACUUUGUCUUUGUUGUCCUUUUCACUGGAGAAUGUGUCUUAAAACUGUUCUCACUCCGUUAUUAUUACUUCACUGUUGGCUGGAAUAUCUUUGAUUUUGUGGUUGUUAUUCUUUCAAUAGUAGGUAUGUUUUUAGCCAAGGUGAUUGAAAAGUAUUUUGUGUCCCCUACUUUGUUCCGAGUCAUCCGACUUGCCAGAAUAGGCCGCAUUCUGCGUCUCAUUAAAGGCGCAAAGGGAAUCCGCACUCUGCUUUUUGCUCUGAUGAUGUCUCUUCCUGCUUUGUUCAACAUUGGCCUGCUGCUCUUCUUGGUCAUGUUUAUCUAUGCGAUAUUUGGCAUGUCCAACUUUGCCUACGUUAAGAGGGAAGCUGGGAUUGAUGACAUGUUCAACUUUGAAACAUUUGGCAACAGCAUGAUCUGCCUAUUUCAAAUUACCACAUCUGCUGGCUGGGAUGGCUUGUUAGCCCCAAUUCUUAACAGUGGGAAGCCAGACUGUGACCCUAACAAACCUCACCCAGGGAGCUCUGUUAAAGGUGACUGUGGCAACCCUUCGGUUGGGAUUUUCUUCUUUGUCAGCUACAUCAUCAUAUCCUUUUUGGUGGUGGUGAACAUGUACAUUGCUGUCAUUCUGGAGAAUUUUGGUGUUGCAACUGAAGAAAGUGCUGAGCCCUUGAGCGAGGAUGACUUUGAGAUGUUCUAUGAGGUUUGGGAAAAAUAUGAUCCAGAUGCAACACAGUUCAUAGAAUACAGCAAACUAUCAGAUUUUGCAGCUUCUCUGGAUCCUCCUCUUAAUAUACCAAAACCAAACAAGGUCCAGCUGAUUGCAAUGGAUCUGCCCAUGGUAAGCGGUGACAGAAUUCACUGCCUUGACAUCUUGUUUGCUUUCACAAAGCGUGUUUUGGGGGAGAGUGAUGAGAUGGAUGCCCUCAGAGUACAGAUGGAAGAUCGUUUUAUGGCAGCCAAUCCUUCUAAAGUCUCCUAUGAACCAAUCACAACCACAUUAAAACGAAAACAGGAGGAAGUGUCUGCUACCAUUAUUCAGCGUGCCUAUAGAUGUUAUCUUUUAAGACGAUCAAUAAAGAAACUUUCAUGCAUGUAUCGCAAAGAUGGGGUUGAUGUACUUAGCAAAAAUUAUAUGCUUUUUGGUAAGCUAAGUGAAAAUUCAGCUUCAGAAAAAACAAAUAUGACUGCAUCCACCACAUAUCCACCUUCCUAUGACAGUGUAACAAAACAAGAAAAGGAAAAAUAUGAAGAUGACAAAUCAGAAAAAGAAGACAAAGGGAAAGACAGAAAAGGAAAUAAAAAGUAGAAGACAUAAAGAAGUGUGCAGUGGUGGCUGUUUAAAGCCUCAGAAGAUGAAAUUUUUAUCAAUAACACUUCUGUUGAAGGAUUAUGCCAAAAUGACAAGUUUUUACCGAUUUACCCAGUGCUAUUGUCAGUGCCUGUACCAAGAUAAUGACUUGUCAUUAGCAAACCCUGUAUGUAGCAGGGAAACAAGCUUUCCAGAAUAGCUUUUAUUACCAGCUGGCACUAAUAGAGAGGAGACAAAGUUUUUACUUGGACUGUGUGGACUCUUAAUGGAAUGCAAAAUUACCAGUUCUAGUAAGUUUGUAUUUUGUGGAAUGUGUGUAUCCACUGUGUGCAUUUCAUCUACUAUGUAUGUGUAUCUUUUCCUUUGGUGGUCUCUUUUGCUGUAAUUCACAUUCUAUUAUUUGUGAUUGUACUCUGUUGAGGAAGAAGAUAGAUGCUCAUUCAUAGGAACACAGUGUCAUGGGUAGGGAAUUACAGUGUCAUAAUGUGAACAUAGUCCUCUUCAAGCCACCACUUCCAAAAGCAGAAAAAUGAGAUUCCAGACUCCUGGACCUUAGAAUCUACAUCAAAUCAACAGUAAAUGAUAAAGAAUAUAGUUUAGAAAAAUAAUUUAUCAGAAAACAAAACAAGAGAAGAAUCACUUUCACAGACAGGAGGUUAGUAGUUUGUUCUCUUGAUUUUUCUAUAUUCGUUUAAUACUUUUUAUUAAUUCUUCAUUUUUCACAGAGUCCUAUUCAGUGAAUGAUUUAAAUGUGUCAUGCUACAGAAAAUUUCUUUUUUUUUUUUUAUAAAUGUGGAACUAGUAAAAAAGAGUUAGUUUACUUUCAGGGUCCAAGAUUACUCUUAGUUCAUGAGUGUUUAAAAUGGGAUUUUAUCAUAGAAUAGCUAUAAACACCAAAUUCUGCCUACAGGGAAUUGCUGGGCUGGGGCGGGGGGGGGGAGUGAUAGUUUAUUUUACUUAGUUAAGAAAAGAACAUAGACCUUGUAAUAACUUCCAUACUUCGUUCUGUAGUCAGUCACUACAAAUUUCAUUUCACAUAAAUAAAUCCUAUUUAAUACAGUAAUCAAAGCUACAUGUAUAAAUUGAAAGCAAAAUACCUAUUGGGACAAACAUUGCCUUAGUUUAUAUCUUAGGCUGAAAUUAGCAUACUUUGAGAAACUGAUCAUGUUGGAGAUAUAAAAUAUGUUCAUCGAAGGUAAUUUUGAGCCCCAUAGGACUUUAAUCAGGUUUCCACUUUAUGAAAUGCAGUCUUCCUUAGAAGGCUGAGAUGACCAAAUGAUGUACUUGAAUCAGCUUUGUACUGCACUGUGGUUUAGAUGACUUUUUUCACAUCAAGGCUUAUAGAACCUACGUAGGUAAAAUUGUUUUCUGUUACUUAGUUGUUUUACACAGUGGUACCUGUUUGAACAAAGAGACAAUGAUCUAAGUACUAUAUUUAUUGCAUUAAAUAUGUACCCUCAUAAGUGUAGCUUUUAAUAUUUCAGUAGAUCAUAUGAUAUAUUCUGUAAUAUUCCAAAUAAUUGGGAAGCUUUAACUGAUGCAUGCUUGCUGCUAUUAUCCUACAGCUAUUAAAGUCUAAGAUGGAAAGACAUGUGAGUGUUAGAAAGGAAAAAACUAUUCAGCAAGACCAUCAUUCCUCAGAACAGUAAGCAAUAGUUUGCUGCUAUUAUAGAUUUUAUUUUGAGUUUAUUAAUAGUAUGCUGUGAAUAAAUGGAUGAUACAAGAUUAAUAGACUGCUUAACUUGCUAAAAGUGUGAGGCUGUAAAAAUAGAUAUCUAUUGAUCUAUUCAUGUUAUUUUGCAAAUAAAUUUAUUUUAUAAUAUUUUAUACAAAUUAGGAGAUACUACAAAUAUCUUCAUGUUAGUCAUUUUUAUUCUAUCUCUAACAGUUUUGUUUUUCUGGGGGGAGUGUGGGAACAUAAGAUACAAUAUGAAUUGGCAAUUGCAAUUCUCUGCUAAUUAUAUGAAAAUAGAUUUUAAUAAGUAGUAGUUUUAAAAGAAAUGAACAGCACAGAUCUUUUUCUGAUCAGUAGAUAGUUCCUUGUACAUGACACAAGAUGGAAGAAAGUUUUCUUUUAAAAUCAUACUCUUGUCUAUCAAUUUUCAGGUUACAGUAAGUUUAUCUUUUGUCAAAGAAACCUUGUUUUUCUGCCAUGUUAUUCUCACUGCCUGCUUGUCCUGUGGAUUCGUCCUGCAGUAGCAGCGCUUCAAAUAUCAUUUGCUAUUCAAAAUCUUUCUUUGUAAGAAUGAAUAGUGAACUUGUGUUAUGGGCAGUGGAAUACUUUCCAAUUCUUACAAAAGAAACUAUAGAUGGGCUUUUGCUUUUACAGAAACUGGUUUCUGUAUUGGUAAAUUGCAUGCAGGAUGUUGUUUUACCAAAAAUAACUACAUUGCUAACAACCCAGAAGAAUAAAGAUAACCUUUUUAUGUA